AUGUCAAGGAGAAUAGUUCUCGCGAUCGAUCCGCCGAAGCGACGGCGUCCGUUGCCUGCACCCAAGCCGGAGCCUGCACCGGUGUCCAAGAGCAUCAACCCUCUGCUUAGUCUGAGCAUGUACUCGGACGACGACGACGACAGCGAUAAUAGUGGCAAUGAAGCCGUCGCCAGCGACAGCCAUAACGCCAACAGCCCUCUGCUGCAAACACAAGGCUUCCUGUCGGCCGACGGUGCGGGCCGGGUCUCCGUAUCCACAGAGCCAAGCGAUGUUCCGUUCAAAGACGAGGCUGCCGCUGCCGUCGCUCUCGACCAUACCCGGCCCGACCCUUCCAUCGGCACCAGCACAGCAAUGGACAGUAAUCUAUUGUUUGGAAUCCAGUCAGGCGCUGUCGGCCACGGAAGCUCUGCCCCUCUCAUGCCAUUUGCUGAAACCCAGUCGGCCUCGGCGACCGAGUGCAUCCAAGCCCCGACCGAGGCCAACCCGCACGGCCAGUGGGAGCCAUUCUGGGACGAGAACUCGGAAACGUGGAUCUACUGGAACUGGACCACCGGCUCGACCUUGUGGGCAUCUCCCUUUCCUGAAUCCCCGAGUGCUCUCCUCCACCCGCGUCCCGGGGCAUCGAUAUUUUUCAGACCCACGCCUUACUCCUUCCAAACUCCGAUGCAGCCUCCACCAGCCAACUCACAUCUCGAGCAUACCUCGGGAGCAGUCCUCGCCAAGCUCGAUGCUCUCGUACUGAUGCCGGGCGCGUUUACAAACGACGAAAAGGAAAAAAUCCGAGUCUGCAAGAAAGAGUACGCCGUCCGGCGCUGGGAUUGGGGCAAGGGCGCCCUGAAGGACGGAUACUUUGCCGAGAUCACGACGCAUUGGGAAGCUGUUGUUGCUUCGCUCGAAGCGUAUGCUGCCCCAGCAACCUGGAGAGCCAUCUGGGACGCAAGCAGCAUGACGUACUACUACAUCCAAGAGUCCACGGGCUUGACCUCUUGGACUCUACCUGAGCAGGGACUCCCCUCCACCGCCGAGCCGCCGCCGCCGCCGCCCCCAGACGAUCACAUUGCCCCUCCUCCGCCUCCGCCACCCCCGUCGACGGACGCUCAGGGAGCAGGCGAGGACAUGGACAUGUCGGAUGGUGAGGCGCCGUCACCAGGCGGGAGCCAGCAUGUCGGUGCUGCCGCAUCGCCACCCAUCAAAAGGCUGGUCAAGAAGGUCAAGCGAGCACAUGUCAAAUCCUCGACGGCCAUGUUGCUGGAUAAAUGGAAGCAAGUCAGCGAAGAACUCAAUCGCCCCGAAGACGAGAGCGAGGACGAGCCCCAGCUUGAUCUGCAGGAAUGGGCUGAGCAGCAGCAGCAGAGCACGAGCGUUGCAAAGCACAACCCUAAUUUUGCCCCGCUGGGCGAGCGAAAGAAGCGCAAGGAGCCCGAAGAAGCUGAGGGAGCCGAAGGGUCUGAGAAGCCGCCUGAGGGAGAAGCACCAACACCGCCUGCAUGA